AGUCUUGUAUGGAGGAGAGUGUGACAACAAAGAGAAAAGGCUGGAGUGAUUAAGGGCUAAAGGCAAGUUAGACUAGCCAUGGUAAGGCCUCCUUGCUGCGAUGAGGUCGGAAUCAAGAAGGGUCCUUGGACACCUGAAGAAGACGCUGUCUUGAUCUCCUACAUUCAAGAACAUGGCCCUCGCAACUGGAGAUCAGUACCUAUACACACCGGAUUGAUGAGAUGCAGCAAGAGCUGCAGGUUGAGAUGGACGAACUACCUAAGGCCAGGGAUCAAGAGAGGUAACUUCACCCCGCAUGAAGAAAAGAUGAUCAUCCAUCUUCAAACUUUAUUGGGUAACAGAUGGGCAGCAAUAGCAUCCUACCUCCCUCAGAGGACAGACAAUGACAUUAAAAACUACUGGAACACUCACCUCAAGAAAAAGAUAAUGAAGUAUCGGACAACCAUUGAUAGUUACAUGACUCCAUCUGAUACUACAACCAUUCAUCAAGCGGUUCCUUCGUUCCUCCAUGCAUCCUCUACUUACGCAUCAAGCACCGAAAACAUCUCAAGGCUCCUGAAAGAUUGGAUGACACCAGUCGCAGAUUCGAAUGGUGCCAAUGGUACUAGUGCUGGUGCUUGUACCGGCACUAUCCUAAAACAAGAAGCACAAGAAAACAUGACAGUUGGUAACAACUAUGACCACAGUGCCUGCAAUGUGGCUCUAAGCCCACAAGAACAACUUGAUUCACUGCUCUCGUUUGAAGACUGGGAUAAUUCUUCAGCUGAUGCGGCGUUUGAUGAAUCUAACCAGAGUAUCGAAAGCAAUGAGGGUUCACUGUCGCUGUUCGAGACUUGGCUUCUUGAUGAGACCGCAGAGAAGAUGCAGGGUCGUCUCAUAGAGGAUUGGCAGCAGCAGUAUUAAUAUCAAGAAAAUGAAAUAUUGGCUUCAAUGAACAUAUGUAAAAUAUUAUAUAAGCUGUGGAGAUCCAAGUAUUGUUAUUUUUUUAAUUUUAGUGAGAAACUAGUUUGAUGUUAGAGGGAAGGGAAUCAGGAAAACAGACAAGAGGUUAGAUUAUGGAGUUCUACAAGUAAUUAUGCUCAAUCAGAUGAUAUUUUGGAUUCCAUGAUUGUACGAGCAAGAAACAUGAAGUUAGUUGUCAUGUUUAAGUCCAUAGUUCAUGUCAUGAGUUAAAAUGUUUGUACGUGGAAGAAAAACUUCAUUCA